GAAUAAGAAGAAAAAGAAGAUCAUCAUCUCUUAUCUUUAUAUCUGUAGAACACCUAAAAAGAGGUCAGUAAAGCUUCACUUCAAAGGAGUGUUAGUUUCCAUGGCGUUUUCUUCUUCUGCUCUCUCUCACACCUCUUCUUCAUGCCUCUCUUCCUUCCCACAUGCCUUCGCAACCAGAAAAACCCAUCUUCGCUUCCCAUCAUUUUUACUCAUAAAAGCUUCUUCUGAACCUGACAAAGGAAACCCCACUGCUACACAGACCAAAAACGCUGAAGGCUCUAGCAAUGCUCAACCUCAACCUCAAGUCACUCCCGCCGCCGCCGCUAAGCCACCUCCCAAAAAGCCCGUUUAUUCCAUGAAGAAAGGCCAGAUUGUUAGGGUGGAUAAAGACAAGUAUCUCAAUAGUAUUAAUUAUCUAUCUGUAGGGCAUCCCCCCUAUUACAAAGGCUUGGACUACAUAUACGAAGACCGUGGUGAGGUUCUGGAUGUACGCAUUUUUGAGACAGGAGAACAUGCACUUGUUGCAUGGGUCGGCAUCCCAACUGCACCAGCUUGGCUUCCCACGGACAUGCUUAUCAAGUCUGAGAAGCUCCAAUAUGAGAGAUUGUGAAGCAGUUUUCAGAAAUGGAGUCCCGCACAUUUGAGUGUGAUGACCAUUGAUUCUCCAUUUCCAUGGUGUUACAUUGUUCUAAUUAAUCACCAUGAGUUGCAUAUACUGUAUAAAAGCAAGAAACUGAGUUUUUCAAUAUAAUAUGUUUGUGUCAUUCAUUCAUUACUAAAAGGAACUGUAAAAACGAAAUCCACCUUAGCAUUUUUAGCAUGUAUCAUCCGAUUUCAAUGUGUACCAUGAAAGGCUUCAAGAUUUAUUACUA